CACAUAGGCUUUAGCGUGUCGCACUGACAGAAUGGUCAUUUUGUCCAUUGAAGUAUGUUGUAAGUAGGUACUUCAUGUGAAGUUGUGAUUUAUUGUCAAAACAUUUACAUUAAUUUAUAUAUAAUAUACAAACUACAUGAUAUGAUCGAAUUCGAGAAUUAUAAAAGUAAUGUGGUCGUACGCGAUAAAUAUGAUUUUAAAGAUGUUCCAGUUAGCAAAGGUACCGUGUUUUGCGGAGCAACUGAACGAAUAUUUGAAAAGCAAGAAGAAGUUGAACGCACUUCACCAUUGUUGGCGGCAGCAGUUAUCGGUCUAGAUAACACAGCAAUUCCUAUUCCUAAGAAGUCCAAAUUCAUAAAUGUCUGGACAGAUCAUGAUGCACAAGAGAUAUUCUUGGACACUAAGCCAACGUGUUACGUUAUCUUUGGUAAAUCAGGUGCUGGUGCAUUUAAAAUUGGAGAAGCAUUAUCUAAACGCUUAAAUUGUAUCCAUUUAUGUCCAAAACAUAUUAUUUCUGAUGAGUUGGAACAGCGGAGCCAAACCGGGAGGACCUUGGAUUUCAAUUUGAAACGUAAUAUUCCUUGUAAUUUUGACGUUAUGCUGAAAAUUUUAAAGACUAAAGUACAGUCGCCUAGUGUUCAACAUAGAGGGUAUGUAAUAUCGGGAAUUCCUUUAGUACCAUCCAGUAAAGAUAAACUUUGUUUUAUCAAAGCAUUAUUUAGCGAAGAAGGUUUUUUAAUAGUAGAAGAUCUGUUGUUUGACAUUAUUUGUAAUAUAAAGAAAAAGAAGCCUACGAAAUCCGUUUCUUCGCCUAAUGCUUCUGAAAGUAGCCAAUUAUCUGGUGAAGAUGAAAAAGAAGAUGUGGAAGAAGAACAUCACGCAGAAGAAGAAGCUGUUGAAGAAGAGGAAGCAGCACCUGCUGCACUACCUAAAUUUAUACUUGAUUUCUGUUCCAAUGUUAUUGAACAUAAAAAAGGCUAUUAUAAAACCACGCAAGCGACACUCUUAACUCAGAUUGAGGAAAUAUUCAAAUUGAGUUUGGCACCUGACGUAAUCAUUCAUGCCAGUUGCCCAGAUUUAGACAUAGUGACAAUAAAGAAACAUAAAUAUUUGAACUACAAAACAGGUCAAAGCGAGAUGAAACCAUUUGAAUUUACCUAUGUAUCAGAUAUAAGAAGACCUCCUAAAUUUGUAAUUAGUGACUUCGACUUCCCUGAUCCUCCUCCUACUAUUUUUAACCCCAAAUACAACUGCCUAGUGCCCGGGCACUUUAAAGAAAGAUGUUUGAAUCAAAUCUGCAACUAUCAAAAUAUGGUUUUUCCAUUCAUGGAUAAGAAAAUAAAAGACUUUAACCCAAGAAGAUUUAUUGAAAUAGACGGACGAACAAAUUUGAAAAAAAUGCUGCACAAUGUAAUGGAAAGGCUUACAUUAUUGCACAUUCAGCCAGUACUUGUCCCAGAACCGCUGUAUUUACAAGAAUCUGCGGAAGAUAUUGAAGAGUUUUGGAAAUCAGUUUCGAGCUUUAAUACUAUUAAUAGUGGUGUUCUCAAUUUUAAACGUACCCCAUCACAUUGGUAUAAUCGAUGCCCAGUUGAACUUAAACUAAGGCGCUCCGUAGUAGGGAAUCCGAAGUAUGCAAUGGCGUUAUUUAAACACGUGUAUGUAAUGUCUUCGCUUGAUAAUUUUAUUUCAUUUUACAAAAACCCACGUCCUUACUUGAAAUUAAAGUACUUAGAACCUACUUGCAGAGUCAUAAUUGUUGGAACAAAAUCUUCUGGUAAAUCUAUGAUAGCGGAAUGUUUAUCGUGGAUUUUUGAUUGCCCGAUAACUAAUUUCGAAAACUUAUUGGAAAAAGAAAAAGAAAAAAAGUAUGAGAUUUUCGCUAGAUCUAUUUUGUCAGAAAUAAUAGCAACUAUAGAAGAUGCCCGGCAUCGAGAUUGGCAGAGGAGUGAGUCUGACCGAGAAACAAAAUUAAACGCUUGGUCUAAAAAUGUUCUCAAAUUAUUGAACGAAUAUUGUGAAUUUGUAAACAGUUUGAAACAAAAGGAAAAAGAAAAAAGGCCAGUUAAAAAACGAAGAACGAAGAAGGUAGCAGAGAAAAAAGAGUUACUAGAACAAGGAGAUCAGGAAUUGCUAGACGAUGUGAAAGAAGAAAAUCAGCUACCAGAGGAGGAAGAAAAACAAGUUCUAGUACUAGAAGAGGAGAAAGAAAUUGAAUAUACCAGUGAGGAAGAGCAUCCAAUUUUGGACCCUCAAGACCAAUUGAAAAUAAAUGCUCUCAGACAGAAACUUUUUUUUCUUCCAAUGCUCGAUAACAUAGAAGAGUGUGAAAUAGCCAUUUCUGAUAAGUCGUUUUUAGAAUAUGCUCCAGCUGAGUUAACCACAGUAACAAAAAAGCCUGCCAUACCUAUUCUAGGUGAUGAGGACGUAACUAUAGCUAUAUCAAAUUAUAUCUUAACGAACGAAUUAGGAAAGGAAAUAGAGCCUACUAGUGAUGAAAUAAUGUCCGAAAUAGUAAAACAUAUUUAUACUAUAGAUGAAAACCAUGAGCAAGAAACGAAUGGUGAAGAAUUAUAUGGAAAAUACAUUAUAGAUGGAUUACCUUCCGAUCCGGAAUAUUGGAGCCAUUUAAAUAAUCCAAAAUUAACGCCUGAUCACACAAUUGCUUUAAUAGAAAAUAAAGAAGUUGAUCAGGAGCUAAUGUUAUAUUACACUAAUCUUGAAAAGUGUACUAAAUACUACGCUGACAAAAUUUUGGCUGCUAAUGACCCUCUAAUUGAGACUAAAUUAGUAAGUGAGAAGACAAAACCAAUAAGUGUCAAAGAUAUUAUAGAAAAUCUUAUUGAUUAUAGUUUUAAUAGAGCUUUUAAUGCUAUCGUUGUGUCCGAAAAUCAAGAAAUUCCUGAAUCUAAUAUGACAUCUUUUAGUGAAUCUAUAGACAAAUUUCGGGAAGAUUGGGACAGUCUAAAAUUAAUGUUAGAAGAAAAAUCUAAAUCUUAUAUCGAAGUAGAACUUGAAAAUAAAACAGAUGUAGAAAUUAUUGAAGAAGUGUUAUUAAAGUUACGUAACAGCUAUACUUUUAUGCCGCCGGCCUCGAUAGAUGAAGAUGAAAAAAAUGACGAUGAUGAUGAUAUAGAUAGUGCUACUAAAGAUCUGCUGACCUACAAUGACCCGAAAUUUUAUUGCGAAACUUAUACUUACAGCCCCGUUACUUUUUUUAUACGUGAUACUCUAUGGAAGGGUAACCCCUCGUUUUCUUUAUUAUAUGAUAAUAAAGUUCAUAACUUUGCUAAUGAAGAGUUUUUAGAAAAAUUUCGACGAGACAAAUCUAGAUACAUGUUUUACAAUAAACCCCUCAAAGUAUUCCCAAAAAUAAAAGUUUGUCUUACUGGUUCGAUUGGGUGUGGAGCAACAGUUUUAGGAAAGAAAAUAGCUAAAGAGCUAGGUCUAUUGUACAUUAAUUUUGCAGACAUCAUUAAUUUUUAUAUGAAGCCUAGACAUUUCAAAAACGUGGGACGGAAAUAUGAAAAUAUGUUUAUAGACGAACCUUUGGAUGAUGAUGGUGUCGUAGAAUUUCAAAUGGGUGCAGAAGAUGAAAAUGAAAUGGGUGACAUAUUAACUAAUGAAACUGAAAUGAGACGAAUGAUUCAGUUUUAUUUUGAUCGUGGAACGCCUCUUACAUCAUUUCUCGCGCAGAAAAUGAUUAAAAAAAUUUGGUUUAAUCCUUUUGUACCCACUGGUUUUAUUUUAGAUGGUUAUCCAAGAAUGCCUAGCGACUUCGAAGAUAUGCUAUCAGCGACUUGUAUUCCUGAUAUCAUUAUAGAUCUGGCAUCUAAUUCCGACGUUGCUAUUAAACGAAUGGCUCCUGGUAUGUUUACACAAUGGAAAAACCAACAAUUAGAGGCAAAAGAAAAAGCUAAAGCAAAAUUAAACAAAGAACGCGAAGAAUGGAAUGACAGAAUAACUCAAAAAGUUGUAAUUAAACUUAUAUUUGAAGAAAUUUUUGAUAACAUGUUUUUUCCUCCGGGUGAUAAGGACAAACGCCUGUCCGUUGAAAGUGCUAUAAUGGACGCUCAUCCAUCAGGGUCGUCGAAUGUAGAUCCACUUCUGUUUAACUCUUACAAUGAGCUGAUUCAAGAAUAUCCAGAGCCAAUAGAUACAAAUGAGUGGGAAUCAAAUAACGAAGCUCGUGAGAGAAUCGAAUCCAGAAUCCAGGUCUUAUUUGAAACUGACGAUGAAAAUAUACAAGCUAUGAAAGAAUUGAUACGGGAACAGAAAAUCAAAAUGACUACGAUUGAUGGUACAAAACCAGAGUAUAAAGUAUUUAGGGAGUGUCUAUCAACCCUUAUGUUUUUAAAACAUAGAAAUAGAUCACUUUUAGAACAAACAUUUGUAGUAAGUAUUGAAACUGCUAACUGGUUGCUUCAAAAUGGUUUUUGUUUUGUUAGUAAAUUUAAUCGUAUUUGCCCUGUUCACAUUUAUUUAUAUCCAAAAUCCGUUCAAAACUCUUACAAAAUUGCCAGGCGUAAGGGUACUCUUUAUCCUGUACUUCAUAGGGCUUACAUUUAUUUUAUUUGCAAGGCAGAAUAUGUUAAAACGUUCAGAAGAAAUCCUCUCAAAUUUGUCACCAGUAAAGCGAUUGAAGCCUACUGUGAAUAUCCAUUGAGAAUAAGUUUUAUAGGAGGACCUAAAUCAGGAGUCAGUACGCUAGUUGCUAAAAUAGCUAAAGACAAUUGUCUUAUAAACAUAUCAAAAGGAUUAGCGAUACGGAGAGUUUUAGAAAGAAUGCCGUGGACUGAACAGGCUACUAAGUUGAGGUCGCAGUUAGCAGACGGAGAAUUACUUGAUGAUGACGUUAUCAUAGAUGCUAUACAAACAGCAGCUAUUGAUCAUCGCACAGUUACUUACGGGUUUAUUUUGGACGGCAUGCCCGAAACACCAUAUCGUGCUAAAGCAUUGGUGAAACUAGGACUGUAUCCGAAUAUUAUAUUUGAUCUGAAUGUCAAUAAAAUCAAAGCUGUCGAAAAUUGCCUUAACGAAGUGAAUUAUGACAAUUUGAAAUAUUUACCACCGUUUCCAAAACCGCUUAUUGAGAAAAGGUAUGAGAAUUGGAGGAUACGGACUUUUAAGAUUAGAGAAUGGAUAACUGAUGAUUAUCAAAACCUUACUGUGAUAAACGCCAACCAAUCGAAAUGGAAAGUUUUUAAGGAUGUUGACGACUGCAUAUUUGAAAUUGCUGAAAAAAUUCAUUUUUAUUUAGUCCAUGUUGAUAAAGGGAUCGUGCGUGCCAUGUGGGUUUCUAAUGAAAGUUUUUCUGAAAGGCAAUCCUCAUACAAAAACCUAUGUCCAGUAUGUUUUAGUAAAAAAGUUUACAGACACAGUGAUUUCCCUCCGGACAAGAAAGGAAUAGUUCAGUACAAAAAUACUUUUUACUGGGUCUGUGAAGAACAUUUAGAGUCGGUUAUGAUGUUCCCACAUUUUUACUUGGCGCCUCAGGAUAUAGAAAUCCCUGAAAUUCCUGCAGUGGUAAAAUCGAUUAAAAAGCAGUUUUUAUACGAAAAAGGAACAUGCAUUGUCACGUACGCCGAGACCUUACCAGCACAAAAAGUGGUAGCCGGUAGUCUUGACUACGCUUGCCGUUACCGUCAAAAAGCAUAUUUAUUUUGUAGCAAAGAGUGCCUUACUAAGUUUUUAGCGAAACCUCAUUUAUAUUACGAUAUUCAAGUUUUUAGAGAAUCAAAAAACUUUAAGAAACUGAGUUUAAAAAAUUUGCCUCACCUUGGAUAUUUAGAGCAAACGAUAGGGAAUGUUUUAACUGAUGCAUGUUGUUCUGUCAAUGUAUUAAGACCGAAAUAUCCAGGUCUUUCUUUUCCCUUGUCUGCAAUCAUUUUUAUAGCACUGUGGUUUAAGGUCAACAACCCCCUGAUGGACAAAGAAAAGAAGGCACUCUAUCAUAAAGCACUUGUCGUAUUUGAAGCUCGCUGCAAAAUGUUGACACGCGUAGGAUUGGUUUUGAGAUCAAUGAACAAUCCUUUUACGUCAUAUCCUAUAUGUCACCAUGCAGAACCGACUCUACGACCAGUUGAACAAGAAGAGUUGUGUUCAGUUACAAUACAGGCACCAGCAAAUGUACACAAAUCGUCAAUUUAUGUUCAAAAACACAAACCUUCAUUUGUUCAGUCGGAUCGGCGCUUACAUGUAUCAAGUUCAAUGGCGAGAACUCACGAAUAAAAUGUUUUUACAGGUUACCUAUCAUUAUUUUACAUUUGUUUUAC